CACAAAAAAGAUCAAAACUCCACUUCUUCGGUUCUUCCCCAAAAUAUCGAUAACCCUUUUCUGCAUAUAAAACCAAUCCCAUUUCCUUGUGCAAAAUUCCCCCAUCACGUAUACAAAGAGAGAUAUUUCUUUUGCAAUAUCCCUCCGAGAUCAACAACAACAACAACAACAAACAACAAACAAUGGCAAAGACUGCUGCAGCCGCCGCCGUGGCCCUCUUCUCCGCCGCCCUCUUCCUCCUCAUCUCCUCCUCCGCCGUCGUCGUCGAUGCUGAGGACAAGAUGUUCGUGGAAGGCAAGGUGUACUGCGACCCUUGCCGCGUCGAGUUCCCGACCAAGAUCAGCACCAUGAUCGCCGGCGCCAGAGUGAACCUGCAGUGCCUGUGCAGGGACAACAACACGGUGACCUACAUGGUGGAAGGGGACACCGACAAGACGGGGACCUACCGGCUGCCGGUGACCGGCGACCACGAGGAGGACAUCUGCCAGGUGAAGCUGUUGAGAAGUCCGAUGGACAACUGCAAGGAGAAGUUCCACUUCAUCGACCGGGCCAGGGUGCUGCUGACGGACAACAUGGGCGUGGUGCAGCCGACUCGCUACGCCAACCCGAUCGGGUACAUGACGUCCACAACUGACCCUCGGUGCGAGAAGCUCAUGGAGGAGAUGGGCAUCACCCUCGAGGAGGCUCAGACCAAAAUCCCCGAUAAGAUCUGAUUGGCUGGAUUGGAUUGGAUUGGAUGCUCGCUACGCCGCGAUUCUCUGUAUUGGAUGUGUUGUGGUUUGUUUGUUUUUCUUUUACUAUCAGCUUAUAGGCUGCAUGCUGCUCUUUGUCCUUCAAAAUGUUUGAUCAAGUAUACCUUAAGUCCACCUACAUGGGGCAUUACAUAAAUUAAUGGUGAUGUUUAACACAUAGUCACAUACACACAGAAUGUGUGCUGUAUGCAUAUGUUUCCGAUGGUGGCAAUAAAUAUUUUUUUUUUCUUCUUCUUCUUUCCAUUAAUGAUUGUUAUGGUACAAUUGGUGUCGUGUUCAUUCAAUUAGUAUUAACGUUAAAAUAGAGCACGUUAAUAAUUUUAUUGUCUGACUGGAUAUGUACGACUUAUAAUAAAUGAGUUCUUGCGAGGAAUCUAUCCAAUUAUAAAUUCUU